AUGGCAACUGUUGUCAAUGGUGAGAUCAGCAAAUCGCCAAUACCAUCAUCACGUGCGUCAUAUCCAAUGUAUCGACGGAAACUGUUUACUCGACUCAGCGGCCCUCAUGAAUCUGGCCAAGGAGAUUCAAAUUUCACCGAUACCUCGUCGCCUGCGAAUGUUUCGUCGAAUCGGAAGAGAUCCAGAACGAAUGGCUGCUCGCGUUUUGAAGAUAGUUUGUAUGGCAAUGUUAAUGACGAAAAUGUUGACGAAUGUGAUCACAAUAAGAUUCGCCACGUUGAUAUCAAUAAAAGUGAUAACUUUAAUGAUAACACUGAUAUAAACAAUAUGGCCAAACAAAAUAACGAAGCAAUAUUAUCGAUGCAUCUCAACGAUGAUAUUGAGUCAACUUCUGCCUUCUCUCCACCGUGCCUCUCGCUCACUCCACCAGAUCUCAACACCCAGCUUCUUUCAUUUCAAAAUGUAUUCACGUCCAAACCAUCAAACAAUCAAAUUCAUCAGUUCAAACGAAUCGAUCUCAUACUCUCAUCGAAUCGGUAA